GAUAGAGUUUGCGCUUGCGCUUUCUGUGAAGUUUACUGUGUUUUAAAAUGGCAGGAGAUGGUGUAGAGAAAGGGGCAAAGGAAGCUGGGAUUAAUAUGGGUGUUGCCGAAGACAAACUGAAGAGGAAAUUGAGUAACGGUACCAUUAAGAAGGAAGAUUCUGUCACUGAAAAUGGGUUGGAUACUACAGCUAACAAUGUUUUGAGUGAAAAUUCUAGUCUGGCCUCAAUUGGAGUUGAAUAUGCAACAGCAGGUGAUGACGACGAUGUUGCAAGUCCCUUUCCAGCAGACUUUGAAAUGUACUGGAAAGCUGUCCAGGAGAACCCUCUGGAUUUUACAUCUUGGACUGAUCUUCUACAAUAUGUAGAGCAAGAAAAUCACAUUGUUGCUGCCCGGAAGGCAUUUGAUGCCUUCUUUGUUCGCUAUCCUUACUGUUAUGGAUACUGGAAAAAAUAUGCUGAAAUGGAAAGGCGGUGUGGGUUUUUAGCAGAGGCUGAGCAGGUACUCCAGCGUGGAUUGCAAAAUAUUCCUUUGAGCGUUGAUCUUUGGAUCCAUUAUAUCACAUUCUUGCAGCAAACGCUCGACAUGAAUCUUGCAGAAUCUGCUGUCAAAAUUCGCAGUGCAUUUCAGUCUGCUGUGACUGCUGCUGGCAUGGAGUUUCGCUCAGACAAACUGUGGGAGAUGUUUGUUGAAUGGGAAAAAGAACAAGGAGAACUGAAGACCGUCACCGCUAUUUAUGACAGAGUGAUGACCACUCCAACGCAGCUGUAUCACACACAUUUUGAAAAGUUUAAAGUUCAUGUAAUGCUUCAUGCUCCAAAUGAAAUUCUUUCCACGGAAGAAUUCCUGUGGCUAAGGGCAAAGGCUGUAGCAGAAAAAGCAAAGGAGGGCCCAGAUACUGAGGAAGCUGCAGCAGGAGAUGAGCUGCCACCAGGUGUUGAUACCACUGACCAGGAUUCAGGAUCACUCCAGCUAACUGUAAUAUUUAUCCUUUUUGCUCUCUCUCUAUUUUUUCAUUCUUCUGAAAAGUAUGCAAAGUACCUGGAGAACCACACAGUUGAAGGGGCUCGAAACGUCUACCAGCGGGCAUGUGGAUACCAUUUGCCCAGGAAGCCAACAAUUCAUCUGCACUGGGCUGCUUUUGAGGAAGGUCAAGGUAAUGUGGAGGAAGCAAGACGGAUAUUGAAGAUGUUUGAUGACUAUACUCCAGGAUUGGCUGUGAUACGUCUGCGUCGGGUGAGCCUGGAACGCCGACAGGGAAACUUGGAAGGUGCUGAGACUUUAUUACGAGAAGCUGUUAAGGAGAAUGAAGGCACACCCCUUGCUAGUUUUUAUGCAAUUAAACUGGCCAGGCAUCUGCAGAAGUUACAGAAAAAUUUGACAAAAGCUAGAAAUGUUCUCUUGGAAGCUAUUGAAAAGGACUCUGACAAUACAAGGCUGUACCUGAAUCUUUUGGAGCUAGAGUUUAGUGGUGACGUGAAACAAAAUGAAGGAAACACAUUGAACUGCAUUGACAGAGUGCUGAACAGUACCCUCUCCAAGGAAAUAAAAUUCAUCUUCUCCCAAAGGAGACUAGAGUUUCUUGAAGAUUUUGGGUCAAACAUUCACAGUUUGUUGAAUGCGUAUGAUGAACAUCAAAAAUUCCUAAAAAAUUACACAAGGAAGAGGUCCCCAUCAGAUGGGUGAGUUUAGU